AUGGUUUUGAGUGCUUCCAAGCGCUUGGUGCUUGUUGAGUUUCUUAUCCUGCUUCUGGCUUAUGAUCAGUUUGUGCUGCUUUCGGAGUGGUUUGUUUUUGGCAUUUUGCCGAUCGCGCUGGACGAGCACCUGAAGCUGACGAUAGCUGUGUCCAUCAGCAUUGCCUUGACUGUGGCAGCCCUGUCCGCACUGUUGGCGGGAUGGCACCGACAUGGACAACUUCUCCGCCGCGGUGUGGCGCUUGCAAGACGCAUUGACAUCCGGCCCGCUUUGGGCAGUGUCGGCUUGUACGUGAUAAUUUGCUGCCUAUGUGUUCUGCUGAAGAGCUAG